AUGCGACCGUCAGCGAAGCUAUGGCUAGAGGAGCGCAGGCGGCGGCUGAGCACCCUUCCGCCGGAGGAAGAGAUGCGGAUACAGCGGCUGAAGGGGCGCCUGCGGCUCGGUGGCGGCACCAGCGCCUGUUCCGCCUCCCCCGCACUUACAACGUGGAACAGGCCAACAUCAUCCGUCUCCGAUGCUGCGGCAAGUCUGCUUGACCAAAACGUCGCAUUACUCGAGUACGUGGGCGAACUUGAGGAGAUUUACCGUCAUAAUGAGGAGCACCAGGCGAGACUGCGCGAGAAGCUGCAUGAAGCUUCAGACGAGAGCCGUCGCUGUGCAAUGCAGAUUAUGGCUUUAACGUUAGACAAAUACAGACAAGAUUUGCUACUGGAGGAACAGCUGUCUCGGGAAAGACUGCAACUGCAUGAGAGCGAUUCACGUGUUGAGCUCACCUUGGUCUUCGCGCGUGCUUCACGGAGUCCUGAUUUCAUUCGUAACUCCCGUAAUGAUAGGACACGCAAGGGAGAGCGGUUAUUGAGUGCGAAACAAUUUUACACGUGA